GCUAUGGAAUGCAUUAUGUCAAUGAGUGUGUGUAUGCUUGUGCGUAUGAUGACACAAUACAAAGCUUUGAACAGUGAGCGCUCCAUUUUUCCUCUCCAUGACUGUGCAGAGUGAUCUUUGAACCUGGUCCACGCACACACACACACGCACGCACACACACACAGAGCAACAGGAAGGAAAAGUUUGAAAACACGCGCACAAGAGCCCGCGCCACGCGCCCCUGUGCGCCAUGGAGCCGAUGCUGCAGUGGGAGUUCUCGUGUGAAACGUCUUCAGAGGAACACGCGGUUUGAUCCACGAGAGGAAACAAAGUCAGAGAUGUUUCCCUCCAGAUUUUCUCCUCCUCUUGUUGUUGUUGUUGUUGUCGUCGUCGUCGUCGUCGUCGCGUGGAUCCAGGCGGUCUCCCCCGCGCUGCUCCACGGCACAGACGCUCAUCUGUUCCUGGAGAACAUUUUGACUUUUUACGGUGAAAACUCUUCCAUCUCCACGAAGGAUCUGGAGAAUCUGCUGCAGCUGAUUUCAGAGAGAAGAUCCGAGUCCGUGUUUGAAGGAAACCCGCUGUCAGACCGACAGUGUCUCUCUGCUGCACAGAUCUUGUCUCACUUUGGACUUUCUAAUGACAGUCAGCUGACUGUGGGACAUCUGGACACGAUCUGUCCUGCAGUGUUGACCCAGGUGCUGCUGCCCUCCUGCCCCUAUGUCCACCCCACCCCCCCCUCCACACUGGAUUACUCUGUGUGGGGUUAUGGUUUUCUGGCGGUGACUGUCAUCAACCUCGCAGCUCUGCUCGGCCUGUUCCUCAUUCCCUUCACCAGGAAAUCUUAUUUCCCUAAAAUCCUGACCUACUUCAUCGGCCUGGCCAUCGGGACGCUCUUCUCCAACGCUGUGCUUCAGCUCAUUCCAGAGGCUCUGGGUUUUGACCCCAAGUCUGAUAACUAUGUGUCCAACGCAGUUGGAAUCUUCGGGGGUUUUUACAUCCUGUUUGUUGUGGAAAAGAUUCUGAAAAUCACUCUGCGCAUGGACCAUGAGCACGGCCACAGUCACUUCUCUCAGGAGAACGGAGACGUGGUGGAGAAGAAGGACUCGGUCAUUGUGAGCAGCAUCAGCACCGUCAGCAGUCUGGAACAUACCAACAUGACGUCUCCUCAGGACGAGCCCUCGUCUGCUGUGAUGUGUCAGUGGCUGCGCGGGAAGCGCGUGUCCAGCAUAAAGACGGUUGCGUGGAUGAUCACGCUGAGCGACGCCGUGCAUAACUUCAUUGACGGCCUGGCCAUCGGAGCGUCCUUCACCGUCUCUGUAAUGACGGGAUUCAGCACGUCCACUGCCAUCGUGUGUGAGGAGUUUCCUCAUGAGUUGGGUGACUUUGUGAUCCUCCUGAACUCUGGUAUGAGCGUCCCUCAGGCCAUUUUCUUCAACCUGCUGUCGGCGGUGUCGUGUUACGUGGGCCUCGUGUUUGGAAUUCUCCUGGGCAGCAAUUUUGCCCCCAACGUAAUCUUUGCCAUCGCUGGAGGAAUGUUCCUGUAUAUUGGACUGGCAGACAUGUUUCCAGAGAUGGACAACAUCGCACGGGAACAGAAGAAAACCUCCACAAAGAUCGUCUUCUUCCUGAUCCAGAACGCUGGUCUGCUGUCAGGCUUCACCAUCAUCUUGCUCAUCACCAUGUUUGCUGGACAAAUCCACCUGGGCUGAGACACACACACACACACAAACACACACAGGAGGAGGAGACACAAACUGGAAAUUCACAAAAGUGCUGAGCUGCUGAUUGUGCUCACUAGGCUGGGCUACAUAAAUGAAUGCAAGGUGAUUUUUUUUUAUAUACAAAAACAAAGUAAGAAAGAAUAUUUUAAGGAGAUGCAAUGUUUUUCAUUUAUCAUUUGAGUAGAAUGUUUACUUCAUAACAAAAGGGAAAAUCUUUAGAAUCAUUUCAGGUAUGAAAUCUACACAAAUUUGUUUUAUUAAAUUAUUUUGUCAGGCUUCAUAUAUUGUGAAAUAUGGUGCUGUUUUGUAAACUAAACAUGUUGUGACAACA